AUAAAUUCUCAACUCCAACUCUCCAAAGCUCCGAGACUCGGGGAAGAAUUCUCUAUCGACCUGCUGGCCGCCUCAGCAGAGCAGAAAAGCGGUGCUGAAUGACGCUGAGAUCAAAACACCGGCGCAAAGGCAGAAUCUUGAGCUGGGACCAGCGAGCUGAUCGAUGACAGCAGUGUUUGUGUGAGGCAGAGAGUUUCUGCAGCACUCUCUAAACUUAAACCAACUCUGGACUCUGCCGGCGUUCGCACCGUUUAUUGAAGUCUUGCUGUUGUAAAUGCGAUUAAUACAACCGGUCACAGAGUGAGGAAGUGUCACUUCCAGUUGUAAUAACCCAGGCGAGGAUGCAACUCCGGGUCCUCCUCAGUCUGAUGCUGCUGUUCGACUCUGUCCCUGUCAUCUUCUCCCUAUCCACCUGCAAGACCAUUGACAUGGAGCAGAUCCGCAAGAAGAGAAUCGAAGCCAUCCGGGGCCAGAUCCUGAGCAAACUCAAACUCUCUAGCACCCCCAAGGCCGAGCAGGUGACGGUCACGAAUGAGGCGCUGGCUCUCUACAACACCACCAAGGAGCUGCUGGUGGACAGGAUGGAGGAGGCAGUCGCAGAGACCCCAGCGGACUACUACGCCAAAGAAGUACAUCGGUUUGACACCUUGCAGGCAAAUGGAGGAGCGGAGAGUGAGUAUGAGACCCCGUUCAAAAUCUACAGCUUCAACGUCACGCUAAACGGCCUAGACGCAUCGUCCCUCCAUCGAGCGGAGUUCCGACUCUUUCGAAUGCUCAGAUCCGAUGCAGCUGAUACCGAACAGCGGGUGGAACUCUAUGAGAACCAUUCAAACGUCAGCAUGUAUCUGGACAAUCGUCUCCUGAAGACCAGGGGCAAUGAUGAGUGGGUCUCGUUUGAUGUGACAACGACAGUGAAAAGAUGGGUGACAGAUAAAGUGACCGACCAGCAGCUGAAGAUCAGCGUCCAUUGCCCGUGUGAAGCCGGUGCUUCCAAAGAAAGAAAAAAUCUCCAGCUAAAAUUUUUCGGAUCGGCGCGGGGAGAUAUGGCGGCUCUCUCCCAGAGGAGCCAGAAGGUGCCGCACAUCCUCAUCAUGUCCACCCCAACCACCAGGGCAGAGACACACAGCCGAAGAAAGCGCAACGUCAACACUGACUACUGCUUCUCUUCCACUGAGGAGAACUGCUGUGUCCGCCCCAUGUACAUUGAUUUUCGGAAGGACCUGGGCUGGAAGUGGAUUCAUGAACCCAAGGGGUACCAGGCCAACUUCUGCAUGGGACCCUGUCCGUACAUCUGGAGCACAGAUACCCAGCAUACAAUGGUCCUGAGUUUGUACAAUAUGCACAACCCCGGAGCGUCUGCAUCACCUUGCUGUGUCCCCAAGCUCCUCGAGCCCCUGACCAUCCUCUACUACGUUGGACGGCAGGCCAAGGUGGAGCAGUUGUCCAAUAUGGUUGUGAAGUCAUGCAAGUGCAGUUGAGGCCCAGUGAUGGCCCAGUGCUGGCAGAGUCUUGAGUCAUAAACAAAAGCAACUCAAAGGCCUCCUGACGGGUUAUAUCUGAACGGAUAAAAUCAGCACGUGGUAACUGUGAGAAAGUGGAGCUUUUCUUCAUUUGUCCUUGUUUGGAGACUGGGAAAGAUCAUCUACUCAUUCCCAGUAGAGACUCUGAACCCGUCCGACUCGCAUCUGUAUAGCUUUAGCCCACAGAGUGCCAGCUCCGAUGCAUAUCUGAAGGCUAAUUUUAGUGUUUUUAAUAUUUUUUUAAAUGACAGAGAUUCCUAUAAUUUAUAAAUUGAGAACUGUAUUUGAACUGGUUUAUUCCGGAGCCUGUCUAACAUAGUCCCAUGAGUUUGACACAUUCCACCCCAAAGUGUUUCUCUCCUGAGCCUUAAAAGCCCCUAUUGACUCACUGACUAAGAGUCUCAGAGAAAUCUUCAACACUUUAUCAAUGCCUGGAGAGUCCCAUUGAAUUCCUGCAAUGCUUCAUACUGAAACGAUUUUCCUAAGUGUGAAAACUACGAGCUUCUGAUUGGGGAUCAGGAGUUUGUGCAGCUGAUGGAUCGUUCUGCGGGAUAACAGGACCAGGCCUGAUUUCCCCUUCACAGCCAUUCAGGCGAUCAGCUCUAAAGGUAAAACAGACUUCCACUCGAGGAAUAAAUGCACCAAACAUCUGCUUGUAUGUGAUAAUAGAGCCACAUCACACAUACAGAUAUUGCAUUGACAUUUCGAAAGAAGGUUUAUAGAUCUAAUAACACAACUGAACAUAGUUUGGGCUUGAAGUUGAAUCAAGGCCCUUUUCCUUCCCAACCUAGUUGGGUCGUUACUAUAUAUUUCAUUGGAAUUCCUGGGCCUUUAAUUGCAACAGGGCCCAAACUAUACUGAGAUGUAAAAUGCUGGCAUUUCUUGCUAAACUAAUGUGGAUCUACUAAAUUAAUUGAGGUGGCAUGGUGGUGCUAUAGGAAGGGUGUGAUUAAGCUAGAGAGGGUGCAGAAAAGGUUUACAAGGAUGUUGCCGGGACUGGAGGGCUUGAGUUAUAAGGAGGGACUGGAUAGGCCGGGACUGUUUUCCCUGGAGUGAAGGAGGCUGAGGGGUGACCUUAUAGAGGUUUAUAAGAUCAUGAGGGGCAGAGAUAACCACAGUCUUUUUCCCAGGGUAGUGGAGUCUAAAACUGGAGGGCUAAGGUUCAAGGUGAGAGGGGAAUAAUUUAAAAGGGAUCUGAGGGGCAGGUUUUUCACCCAGAGAGUGGUUGGUGCAUGGAAUGCCCUGCCUGGGGUGGUGGUGGAGGCUGAUACGUUGGUCAAGUUCAAGAGGUUGUUAGAUAAGCAUAUGGAGGAAUUUAAGAUAGAAGGAUAUGUGGGAGGAAGGGGUUAGAUAGUCUUCGGAGUGGUUUGAAGGUUGGCACAACAUGGAGGGCCGAAGGGCCUGUGAGACCUGGGUUCGAUCCUGACCUCGGGCACUGCCUGUGUGGAGUUUGCACAUUCUCCCUGUGACACAGGGAUGUGGGUUUCCACCCCCACCACCCCCCCCCCCCCCCCCCACCCUGGGUGCUCUGGUUCCCUCCCACACCCAAAGAUGUGCAGGUCGGGAAGUUAAUUGGCCGCUGUAGAUUGUCCCUCCUGUUUAAGUGGGUGGUUGAUGAUCAGAGCAGACUUGUUGGGCCGAAGGGCCUGUUUCUGUGCUGUGUAACUCUAUGAACGUUCUGCCAUGGUCCUCUGUGGGAGAAGAGGUCGGGCCAAGAAGUUGCUGAGGAUGUUCUGAGCAGGGGGGGAAGGUUAAAUUGGCACACGGCCCACUUGCGCACAAUCUUAAUCUUCCCCCUGCCUGCAAGGCUCUAUGUGUCCAGGAAAUGUUAAUGGCAUGAUUGAGCAAAGGUUGAGUGGGCCUGAUGUAGGCUGUAGGUCAGGUGAUAAUGGUAACUGCCUGAAGGCUCAGAUCCACCGUGCAGCCACCUGUGGGUUCUGGAAUGCUACAACCUUGACUUGUCCCAGAGGAAGGUGGAAGGUCCUAUUUCCUGCUUUCUGCCUCCAUUCCCCAGCCUCGACGCACAAACAGCAGCCACUCCUGCGAUGCCCAACGAACUGUCUGUGCGUUUAACAGAGCAAAGCCCAGGGACUGCAGAGACGUUCACACCGGGCCUGGCCUCAUUUGAUGGUUGAAAGUGUAGCUUUCAGUGAUGCAGUGAUGGACAGGGGAACCAGGACGGCACAGUGGCACAGCCAGUAAAGCCGCUGCCUUGUAGCUCUAACGACCCAGGUUCGAUCCUGACCUCAGGCACUGUCUGUGUAGAGCUUGCACGUUCUCCCUGUGACUGCGUGGGUUUCCCCCAGGUGCUCUGGUUUCCUCCCACAUUCCAAAGACGUGCGGGUUGGGAGGUUGAUUGGCCACUGUAGAUGGUCCUUGCAACUACGGGGGUUUCCCCAGGGUGCUCCAGUUCCCUCCCACAUCCCAACGAGCUGCUGGUGGACCAAGCGGCUGCUGUAAAUUACCCUUAAUGUAACUGGGUGGCAGGGGAACCAGGGUUGAGUUAAUGAGUCUGUGAGAGAGAAUAGAACAUGGAACAUAGAACAGUACAGCACAGGACAGGCCCUUCGGCCCACCAUGUUGUGCCGACAUAGCUAAUCCCUCCCACCUACAGAAUACCCAUAUCCCUCUAUUUUCCUCUCAUUCAUGUGCCCAUCCAAGCCCCUCUUAAAUGCCCCCAAUGAAUUUGCCUCCACCACCCUAUCAGGCAAUGCGUUCCAGGCAUCCACCACUCUCUGAGUAAAAAACGUACCCCUCGCGUCUCUUCUGAACCUACCCCCCUCACCUUAAGUGCAUACCCUCUGGUAUUGGAUGUCUCAAUAAUGGGAAAAAGAUAUUGCUUGUCCACCCUGUCUAUGCCCCUCAUAAUUUUAUACACUUCCAACAGAUCACCCGUCAGCCUCCCCUGCUCCAGAGAAAAGAGCCCAAGUUUGUCCAGCCUCCUGAUAGCACAUGCCCUCUAACCCAGGCAGCGUCCGGGUGAACCUCUUCUGCACCCUCUCUAAAGCCUCGACAUCCUUCCUAUAGUGAGGUGACCAGAAUUGCACGCAAUGCUCUGAACAUGGCCUAACCAGAGUUCCAUAGAGAUGCAAUAGGUUGCAGGGAAACAAAUGGGGAGAUGGUGGGAUUGUUUUGAAGGCUGGUACAGACUUAAAUAGGCCGAAUGUCUUCCUUCUAUAACAAAGAGAUGGAACUUCUCCUCCAGCUACAAGCCAUUGCAAAUGUCCUCACCUUCACUGCCCUUCCAGAGGGUGAACUCCCAGCUCUUGAUUUUUGUCCAAAGCAUCCAGAGGGCAUCCCACUGGUCUAAAGUUCCCCGAGCUUGGGUGAUGGACAGAAGGUGUGUUGGACCAGGCCCAGGAUGGUUCCUGACCACCAGAGAUCUCCGCAGCAAGAUGGCAUCUUGCUGGCAGCCAUUUCCCUUCCUCAGUCCGAUUAGGUGCAGCGGAACGGGAAAAUGUUAGACCAGAGGUUAUUCCAACACUGCUCAGCAUCUCCCUCGAAGUGAGGGCCUUUCAGCCUUCUGAGGGUCCUCAAUCAGAGGGGUGGGGGUGAUCAGGAGAUCUGACCACAGCACCGUCCACCCCUCAGCCCUUGGAAUCUUUGUUAGUCACCCGGCAACAGGGGACGGAACCAGCUGAUGCCCCUCACUGAGGGGGCGCCUGACACCAGUGGGUAUCAAGAGCCCUGGUAUUGAGAGCUGGCAGUUUGUCCUUUGGGAGGGCAGGGAAAGGGAGAGAGAGUCAUGGAGUAAUACAGCAUGGAAACAGGCCCUUCGGCCCAACUUAUCCAUGCCCACCAAGGUCCCAUUUGACGCUGACAGGAGUGACUGGAGAUGCUGGAAUCUGGAGGAACACACAGUCUGCUGGAGGAACUCAGCAGGUCAGGCAGCAUCUGUGGAGGGAGGUGGACAGUCAAUGUUCUGAGUUGAGAUCUUCAUCUGGACUGGGAGGUGAUACCGUUUGGACAUUAGCCAGUUGGAAGUCAUGUUGAUUUGUAAAUAGGGAAGGUGUUCUGCCUAUUAACUCCUUCCAGCCCCCUCCCCAGAGCCUCUCCUUAUUUCCCUCAGCUUUAACCCGCCGAGAGAUCUCAGCCCCUCCCAUUCUUGCUUGUUUUUGACUUUAAUCACCAGUUCCAAAGCCCCCAUCUCUGGAAUUCCUGCUCCCAUUGCCCACUGACUAUCUCUCUUCCCUUAAGCUGCUUCCCAAACCUGCCUCCUUGACCAAACCUUUGGUUAUCCGUUCAAAUCUCACCCUGCGUGCAGCCCAGAGUUUUAAACAACAAAGCUCCCGUGGCAUUUUUUUAUGUCAUCGGUGCUAUGUAAAUGCAAGUUGUUAUUGUUGAGUGACACCACUGGUUGCUGAAAGAGACGAUGUUGUGGGAUUGCAGGAUUUCUUCUGGGGAUGGGAUACACCCACCAUGACAGUCCAGAUGUGGAUUCAACUCCUGAACUAAUGAAGCGACAAGUGUGAGAGAGGGGAAAGUUGUAGAGCUGCAGGAAAAUAAGGGAAGGGUGUGAUGGGAUUGCUCUGCUGGGAGCUGGCAUCGACACGAUGGGCUGAACGGCCUUCUGUGUCGCGAUUAAGUCAGGUCUUGCUUGCUGAGAUCCAGUCUCAGACCCCUCUGCAAUGAAACUCACUGCUUCUUUAAGAGGCCCCUUAACAUCCAUCUCACUGACUGAGCCUUUGAUCAUCUGUCCAAACCUUGCCUCUGAGGAGUGGGGUGUGGUGUUGUUCUUUGGCGAGGCCUCUACAUCUAGGAUUCUGAGAGCAAGAGGACCCUUAAGUAUCAAGGCCAGUCGCUCAAUAAACACACCGUUCAGGGACACUGUGUCAGGAGCAGGGAUUAGCCACCGUGUAAUUACUGGAGACGUAGGAGACUGCAGAUGCUGGAAUCUGGAGCAGCUGAUAACCUGCUGGAGGAACUCAGCGGGUCGAGCAGCAUCUGUGGGGGGAGAGGAAUUGUCGGCGUUUCGGAUCAAAACCCUGCAUCAAUUCCUGCUCGACCCACUGAGUUCCUCCAGCACAUUCUUUGUGGCUCUUGUAGUUACUUCUGACUGUCCUCCAGCAGUUUUUAGGAGUUCAGUCUUUGGCCCAAAAAUCAGGGUGGUACUGUGGAGCAGGGGGUAAAGCCGCCGCCUCAGUGCCAGAGACCCGGGUUCGAUCCCGACCUCCGGCACUGUCUGUGUGGGGUUUGCACUUUCUCCCUGUGACCGCGUGGGUUUCCUCCCACAUCCCAAAGACGUGAGGGUCGGGUUAAUUGCCUCAAGUGUGUAAGUGAGUGGCAGUUGAUGGGGAGAAUAAAAUGGGAUCAGUGUAAAUGGGUGUUUGAUGGGGAGUGUGGACUCAUUGCGGGGGUCACUGGGCCUUUCCCUGUGCUGUAUGAUUCCAUGAUUCACAUCUGGAAGUACUUGGUCAAUAGCACUGAUGUGUCAGAUUCAUAACGUGACAAGGGUUAACUUUCCGAAUAUCCCACGCUGGGGCCUUGUCGGAACGUCGGCUCUCUCAUGUUCCAUGGGAUACAAUAGUGCAGUAGUGCAUCCGUCCUUCAUGUCGCCAGGACCCUACAGCUUGGACAUCUUCUCCUCUGCUGGGAGAGCUCACUCCCUGUGUCCGUGGCUCAAUCCGCACACAGUAUUGACCGCAAGGAGAAACAAGAGGAAACCUCACUCUCCUGUACCUGACAGCGCUGGGCGUUGUUAGGUCAGACCCUCCCUAUUGGGUGUCUCGCACUUCACUGGAGUGAAGUUCUAGUUAUUUUAGAAUUGCACUAUAACAUUUUGGACAUGAUGUAAUAUUUUGAAAUGAGGAUAAUCUGAGACUAUAUGUAACGGUGUACAGGUUUCUUGGGUGGUGGAGUGCAUGUCUGCGUGCGUGCGUGCGUGCGUGUGUGUGUGUGUGUGUGUGUGUCUUUCUCACAGUACUUUGAAACAUAGGAACAGGAGAAAGUCCUCAGUCCCUCAGCUGUUCUGCCGACCACUAGGAGUAGCACUGAUCUACAACAUUUGUUCACACACCUUUGGCCCACAGAAGUAUAUCAAUCUCUGAUUUACAACCAACAAUUGCACAGUAAAAGGGGGUGAUUUAUGAUAUUGCGUGCCAAGAGUAAGCCAAAGGCAAAAUAUUGUAUCAAUAAUACAUUGAUAGGCUCCCCAAUGAAGUGUGUUUUCAGUUGUGUAAAAGGUGAGAUUCCAGGAGCUCCACGUAAAUAUGUUUGAAUUUCCUUUUUUAUGCUACUGAACCGUAAAAUACUGUUUCACAAUGAAAUGGCAAACAUUCUCCCUGGUUCCUUGGCUGCUGGGUAACCAAUCUCUGGUCUCUAUUAUGUGUUGAUUCAGUAUUAUCAAAGGUGAUGUUGUCUGGUUAAAAUGCACCCUCCACCCCUCCAUGUUUUGAUUAUUUCAAAUGUAUCGAAUCACAUUUGUAAAUAAAUU